AUGAUUUGCUUAGCCAAUGAUUUUCUUGGGAGUUUGAGAGAAUAUGGAGUGUUAUGGUGGGCUUCUGUUGGUGCUAAUAACUUCGGCCAUCAUUCAUAUUGUUCAAGCUCAAGACCAACAAGCUUGGAUUGUGGACUACCUGCGAACGAACAGUCCCCUUAUAACGAGACUUUUACGAGGCUGCAGUUCUCAUCGGACGCAACAUUCAUCCAGAGCGGGAAAACUAGUAAAAUUCAGGCAAAUCUGGUGAGUAGAUACCUCAAGCCAUACACAACGCUGAGAUAUUUUCCAGAUGGAAUACAGAACUGCUACAAUCUGAAUGUGGAGAAAGGACGCAAGCAUUUGAUCAGAGCUUCCUUUGUAUACGGAAAUUACGAUGGUCACGACAUUAAACCGGUGUUCGAUCUUUAUCUUGGACCUAAUCUAUGGGCCACUAUAGAUUUAGAAACUCAGGUGAAUGGUACACGGAAAGAUAUGUUCCACAUCCCAACAUCAAACUCGUUGAAGGUUUGUCUUGUUAAGACUGGUGAAACUACACCGCUUUUGUCCGCCUUGGAGUUACGGCCCGUUGAUAAUGAUUCGUAUAUUACUAGAUCUGGCUCCCUGAGUCAACAGUACCGGUAUUAUCUUAGCAAGUCAGGAUCUCACCCACGGUGA